AUGAAUUUGAUGGAUGGGACGGCACCUACCCCAGAAGCAACUGCUUCUCCUACGAGUGCGACAGGAGCUGAUGCUACAAUGGCGCCUUCACAAUUACUAAUCGCCGAUUCAAGUACCCUUGAGCACACUCGUGAAAAGUCAGCUCCUCAAUACCAGCCAGUGUCCAGCGCUGAGGAAAACGUGAGUACUUCUGCUGCAUCAGGUGCUGAGGUCCAUACCUCUCCCACGGGUGCUUCACUGCCGCAGAGUGACCUGAAUGCAGAAAAAAUGCGGCUAGAAAAUUCCGAGCAACAUCAUUCACCGACACCAGGCCCAGAGGGUCAAGCUCACAUUAUGGGAAAUCCAACUCUUUUGACUACUACAUCCGACCACAUCACACCAAGCCCCACAGCAAGAAAUGUGAUGGCGCAGGGAGACGAGGAUUCAAACCAGACGAAAAGGCCGUCUGACAUAACUGACACCGCACGUUCUAGAGCUGCGAAUGCCACUUCAGCCUCUGUAUCGGAAGUCGUGCAGCACGUCGCUGCAGCCCAGGAACAGCCAUCAAUCAUCAAGAAGGAAAAGUCUCCCAGCAGUACAAGGAGACCAUAUGUUUAUACCGAUGCAGUAAUCGACCCUCUGAGUGACGACGAAGAUAACAAGGAUUUACAAUCUGAAGAUGAGAAUCUCGACCAGAAGCCUAAUGAUAUAGAGCACUUGGGGUCAAAGCGACCCUCACAUGUUGCCCGCGAUCCAUUCUCUUCGUACCCUAAUUCGGACGAUGACUUUAUUGACCUCACGGGUAAUGUUGAUAAGACAACAUGUACAUGGACCGCCAAGUCUGAACCCAAAUUGAAUCAAGACGAUGCGAGCCAGCCGAUGGAUCUUGAUGCCGAUGGAAGCGAAGUCGCGUAUACUUACUCUCCCCGCCACGUUGAUGGCAUGGAUUCGGACAGUGACAGCGGACUGUUUGUUGAAGAGGAUGACUCCGGUGACUACUCUCCCGGCAGUGAUGAUGACUUUACGUCAGGAAAAAGACGUAACUCCAACGUUCAGGACACCACAUACUUCGAGCAGGCGGUAGACAUUGGCAUGCAUGAGCAAGUCGAGUACGACAUGGCCAUGGACGAACUCAGGGAGAUGAUUACCAAAUGUGAUGAGCUUCAAGAGAAGCAGGCGUCAGGACAGAUGACAGCUCAUGAGCGAGUUCGGCUUCGUAUACUGGAAGGCAAAAUCCAGGCAGAGAAGGUCAGACUAAAAGUCUCCGACAGCCAUGAUGUAGCACUUGGUACUGGACCGGCCGACCAUAUGUGCCGUGAUGGCAUCGCAACUGAGCCAACCGCGAAGCCAAGAAAGAAAUUGGGACCCAGGGCGAAAACAGCGAAAGAAUAUUUUGCUAAGCACGGCAGUGGCUUCGACAUUUGUGGAGGCUUCAAGAAGCGAAAGCCCUCAGAUGACGCUGCUCAUACGCGUUCCAGCAAGAAGGCCAAGAAGACAACAAAAUCAGCAAAAGUGACCAAGAAAGCCUCGCCUGAUUUGGAAGACCCACGAGCGAAAUUCUUUCAUAGUCUUUGCUUCAAUAACCCCAUCGAAGCUCGCUUGAAAUUCGGCGAUGUGAAAGAGACAAAUGUGACGGCCAAAACAAAAAUAGACCAACUCAAUCAGCUUACAGGUGGCGCUACAUCUGAUUCUGCAAGAACCGCCGCCGACAGACGCACUCUCAAAUUCGCAUCAGAAGCAUUUGGCUACAACAUGUGCAAAGCUAAUAAUGGAGAAUGGGAGGUCAAUGGCAUGCAAGCCCUACUAAAGAACCACCAGAUCAUUGGCUCUGCCUGGAUGCUGAGAAGGGAGUUUAACGAGAACGCUCCUUUUGGUGGCCUGGUGGCUGAUGAGAUGGGCAUGGGAAAGACAGUGGAAAUGCUGGCAUGCAUUGUCAACAACCAGCCUUCAGAGAAUGAUUUGCAAAGGUGGAGUAAAACUACUUUGAUUGUAGUACCAUCGAGUCUUUUGUCUCAAUGGAAGGCCGAAAUCCAGAAACAUAUCAAAGCUACGCAUUCGCAAGAGGUCUUGGUCUACAAGAUGAGCAUGGGCCUCCCGAAAAGCGCACUGACAGCUGUUGACAUUAUCUUAACAACAUACCAUGAGAUUCUGGCCGAGUAUCCUUCAGCACAGUAUCUGAAGGAUCUCCGUGAGGAAGGCUAUAAAGGCGAGGAAUACGAAGAGAAAUUCAAGGCUAAACUUGGACCGUUGUUCAAGAUUGACUUCUGGAGAGUAGUCCUAGAUGAAGCGCAUGCCAUCAAGAACAAGAAUUCUCAGACUUCCUUGGCUUGUUGCGAUCUUCCGGGGCGUCUUCGAUGGGCGAUGUCUGGAACCCCGCUGCAAAACUCCCUUGACGAGUUCUACCCAUAUCUGAAGUUUGUCAAGGCGGGAUUUGUCAGUGACUUCCCUGAAUUCCAGAAAAAAUAUAGUAACACCAAAGAUGAUGCUGCAACGAAGCGCCUACAGGAAAUGGUGUCAGAGAUCAUGCUACACCGUACAUCCUCCGACAAGUUUAUGGGGAAGCCGCUCUUCGUAAUUCCAACACCGCACUCUGAGGAUAAAACAAUCAGAUUGACCAACGAAGAGCGAGUCAUAUACAGGGUUGUACAAAGCCGCUUCAUCAAGAAGCUCAACGAGUACCUGAGCAAAUCCCGCCGGCGAGGGUUGGAUAAAGACGAAACUAAAAAAGCGAAGGAUGUAAAACUUUACUUGCUCUACCUUCUUAGACUACGUCAAGCCACGGCUCAUCCGUUUUUGCUCGAGACAGUCAUGAAGCGAGACCUUCAUCCAGGAGACCUAGUCCAGAUCAAAACCAAGCUUGCCGAAAUUGGUGGACGUCAACCGGUGUACGAGCAGAUAAAAGCCUGGUGUACAAAUGUCACCAACGAGCUCGACCAACUCAACGCAAACAGCGGUACGAAAGAAUUUGGUACGACAGAAUUUGGCACUAGCAAGUUCGGCUAUAAUUUGAAUAUGAACAAGCAGAUCGACAUGGCAUUCCAGAGUCGUCUGGAACAUAUUUGCAGAAUAUGUUUUCAAACACCCCAAGCACCAAAACGUUCAGACUGUGAUCAUCUCUUUUGCGCCGAAUGCAUCGCGGAACAUGUUGCUACCACAUUUCAGGACAAAGAAGGGAAUACCAAAUGCCCAGAGUGCGAUAGACUUCUGACUGGUCUUACAGAGGCAGCUGAGGACGAGAUAAUCACAGAACUUGGGACGCCUGAGAUGAAUGAAGGCACUCAAUCCGUGGUCAAUGCCAUGGAUCGCAAUCUGUACGAAAUGUUUGAAGCUGUCGAAGCCCCGGCAACCAUCAGGGGCCGCGACCAAAGAAAGCUUGGAAAUGACGUCUUUGACUGCCAGCCAAAAGCCAAAAAGUCGACGACAAAAUUUAUCCGGGAAUGCGACAAGAAGUAUCCUGGUGAGCCUAUGGUUCCCAGCUCCAAAGCUACCGCAGUCAAGGACACCACUAUUAGAUGGCUCAAAGAAGCUGAGGACGACAAGAUCAUCAUCUUUACACAGUGGAAGCCUAUGGGAAUGAUCAUAGGCCGCAUGCUUCAAGAUGAAGGCAUACCAUUCCUCUAUUUCUUCGGCGACAUGUCUAAAAGGCAGAAGGAAGCUGCAAUCAAAGGAUUUCAUGACAAGCCGGAAGUCAAAGUUAUGGUUGCUUCACUGAAAUGUGGAGGAGUAGGCCUGAAUUUGACCUGUGCCAACCGCGUGAUUCUCAUUGACCUUUGGUGGAAUCACUCGAUCGAGAUGCAGGCGUUCGGACGAGUGUUCCGAAUUAGUCAGAAGAAAGAGACUUACUUCCAGCGAAUUAUGACCAAAGACACAAUUGACCAGAGACUGAACGAGCUUCAACAGAAGAAGUUGGAGCAGAUUGACAAAGCCAUGCAAGCCGGGAAGACUCUCAACGACAAAGUCUCUAUUGAGGAGCUUGCAAGUCUGUUCGGCGACGUCGAACAGGAUUCGGAGGGAAUGCUACGAAUCAUUGCUCCUGAAGACGAUGACGAUGACUUCUAA